CCCGCCGCUCCGCGGGCGGCUCCUGCCCCGCCGGGCGGGGGGGGUGGUGGGGGAGAAUGGCCGGCACCCGCCUCCCGCCGCUGCGCACCGCGGGGGCGGGUGGCGGCGGCGGCGGCACCCGCUGCGUGCGGGAAGCUGCCACGGAGCCAGCCCGCCCCCCGGGAGGCUGCGGGGAAAGUCGCCCGUGAAAGAGGCGACAUCGCUGGCUGCGCGCACCGCGCGGAGCCCGGGCCGGCGGCGGAGCGGGGCGGCCGCGCUCCUGAAGCCCGCUGAGCCCGCGGUGCCGCCGCAGCCUCCGUUCCCCCGCGUCGUGCCGCUACUUUGCUUGACUUAACCGUUGCGUUUCCCCACUGUGCGCUUGCAGCCGCUUUUAAAGGAUUCCUUUUUUCCCCGGCUGAUUUCUAAUUCAAUAGAUAAACGCCAGUCGGUUUGACGUGCAGGAGAAUUCAGAAACUCCCUGCUCAGUUCCUCGCGUCGUGUUUUUGGGGCUUGCUUUUUUUUUUUUUUUUUUUUUGUCCAGGAACAAGCGUUGACAGCAGGUCAACUUAUGUCUUAAAGGGAUUACCUUUUAAUUGAAAGCUAAAAUUAAGUAAAUGAUCCCGCCACAGAAACUGCGCUCUCUGCACAGAAGCAAGUGCUUCGGGUUGGAGGCAGUUACGCUCCGUUGCACGUAUGUAAAAAAAGCGGUUGAGCCGUGAGAAACCACAAAUGGCAAUUCUGUACUACGGCACCACGGUGUAAAAAGCUGAGGCUGGGCGUUUGCGUGGGAUCUGCGGCUCUUUGAUGUGUAAACCUGAAGCAGCAAUAUUAGUUUGGAAGGGAAUCCCAGCAUAUAAAGAGCUCUCACAGGCGCAGGGCCUUGCCACCUUGUGCGGGGCAAGCAAAGAUGACUCCAGACUUCUGCAAAGUUAGGAGUAGUAUUGGGGGGGGAGAAAACACUUUUCCCUGUGGUUUCCCCCAUCCCUCACCUUCUCAGCUCCUGGGGAUAUUUUCAAGCGUAAGGUUGUACGGCAAGUUAGCAUAUUCAUCAAAUGAUGGGGAAAAAAAGAAAGGAAUACAGGAAAACGCUGUAGUAUUUCCCUGAAAAAGGGUGUCUGGGUUUGGGUUGGUUUUUUUGCUGAGGUUUUAAAAUCGAUGGUGGGGGGGGGGGUCGGGAUCUGCCCGCCCGGCCUCCGCCGCGGGGUCCCCGGGGCCGGCGACCCCGCGGCGGAGGCCGGGGCUGGCUUAGGGCUUCCCAGCAGCUGUGACAGCGACCCGUAAGAUGGCUGCUGCCAUCCCCGGUGCUUUAAGACGGACUGUUAAGGUGGAGGAGCCGCUGCGCUCGGCGGCGGUUGCCCCAAGCUUCACAGCAAAUUAGAAGGGGGAAAAAAAAAAAAAAAAAAAAAUCCAGUUUCGCUUAAAUUUAAGAGAGAAUGAUUUUUUUAAAUUUUUUUUUAAGCGUCUGAAUCAUGUUUUAGGAUAACAAAUAGGUGCUGUAUGGUAACAGUCACCUAAGAACCUCUUUGCAUUUUUUUUAUUUUAUGCCGGUUAGGUUUCUACUCUCGGUCUCGAAAAUGAAACUGUUACUGCUUAGUUUCACUUUCAGCUUUCCCACUGUUCUUCGGUAGCAAAUGUUACAAGCAAAGAGCCCGUCUGAAACAACAUAUUGGCUCCUAUGAACCGCUUAAUGUCCAUGCCUGAACAUCGACUCACAGUUUUUCUGGGAGCUGCUGUAGCCUUUACAUCCCCCAAUAUGUUUUCCUUUCUUUUUUUUUUUUUUCACUCCAAAUCACUAGCUUCUCCUUUAAGCGGUGAGUAACUCCACUGAUAUUUAUUAAGGCCACUCAGCGUGCAUUUAUGUCUGAAGCUGCACAGGCGAGUGUUCACAGAAUCACAGCCUAGGCAAAUGACCUUAUUCUUUCACCUUAUUCUUAAAGGUCCUUAAAAGCCUGACAAGUUUUUACUUCCAUUACAGUAAAAUCAAAGAUGAAAGUUGUUAGGAAGCAGAUACUGACUUUAGUUAAAAGCCUGAAUAUUUGUUUACAUUUCAUGGUGUGUUUAUGAGGUUGUAAGGGAAAAACACUGCUGUAUUGCAUGCAACAAGGCACUGGUUAGUAUAAAGGCAAAAACCACUUUUACUGCAGUUCCUUCUUGAAUCCUCAAGUGCACGGCUGUCUUACAACACUACAUCUCUUUUUUUCCUUUUUACCUUGCUUCUCACUAGAUAACCAGAACAGUAAGUCUGCCAGCCUGUGGCUACGGAUACAGUUACUAUAGUAACAUUUAUAAACACUAAUUUCACUACACAUGCAGAACUACUGCCUGCUACUGCAGAGGAGCAGCUUAGAAAGAAAUCACUCUUUAACUGCAAAUAGUAGGAAUUACACUCCACUACCAUGUCUGGAAAGUAAUGCAUAGAUACAGAAAAGCUGAUGAGGAACUACGUCAUAUUUACAGUUCUGACAGUGUGAAGGCACAGGGCUAUGCAUUGAAUCACAAGCAGGAAACAACUGACUGAAACCUCACUAGAAUGACAUGGGAGGAAAAAUCUCAGGACAAAUCAAACCCACCUGAUUUUGAACUUUCCAGAGAUCAGGAAGAUCACCUGGAGAAGGUCACAAUUGCACCUGAGAACGAUGAUUCCAAGCACAUUUCAAUUUUUUGCUCUGCAUGUCAACAAACAAUAUAUCCAGACCACCUUCUUUAUCAUAAAAAAACCCACAAAGCCCUAACUUUGCUGGGCUUUGAUAGCCCACAAACAAAAACUGACAAUAAAACACUUUUGGCUCAGAGACAGCAACUAAUUUCAAAAUUGACCAAGAUUCCUAAAUAUUCUGAGACACAGAGGCAGAAGAUUGAUUAUUCAUUUGAAUUCCUUAUGGAUAACCACACUCCAACAUCAUAUCAUGAUCUUGCUAAUAUUAACAAUCCUAGUACUUCUAAGAAAGUAAACAAUUCUUUAAUAAAAGCAUUAUCAAUUUGCCAAGAUAAAAAUUCCACAUGGCAGGGAGACAUGGAAGACAGAUUUAUUGUGCUUGACAACUAUGGCAAUAAGUCAGAUACAUGUUUUCUAGGGUUAGUUGAUGGCUUUCACGGUGUAACAGCUGCAGAAACAGUUGCAGCAGAGCUUCCACUUUUAUUUCUUGACCAGCUUGCUCAAACGGAUUCCUCCUACAAAAAGAGUAAGGAUGAACAGCAAAUUCUAGAUUCUUUUGCCACAGUAAUCAAGGCAGAUUACAGGGAAAAAGAGAAGAUUUUCUCUGAUAAACCAGGCAAUGGCGAGGCCAACAAGACCAAUAUUUACGAAUGGAUUCACAAAGCAUAUGCCAAGUCCUUUUGGAGAAUGGAUAGACUUUUACGACUGGGAAGGAAUGAGGUUUCCAAAGUUCACUGGAGUGGCUGUUCAGUGGUUACCUGUUUGGUGGAAAGAAUCCCCAGCAAAGAGACAGAUGGCACUGAGGAAGAAGGAAGAAAACAUUCUGAAAACAAUACACAUAGUCCAUUAGCCGGGACAGCCGAAGGUGCUGCUGGGUUACUGCACAUUGCCAAUACAGGUAAUGCACAUGCAGUCUUAUGUAAGAAUGGAAAGAGUCACUGCCUCUCAAAAGAGCACAGCACUUCUAAUGUAAGCGAGAGAAAACGCAUACUUCAGAAUGGUGGAAACAUCAGCACUAAUGAACCAGAUGGAUUAGUAGAGGGGUACCUGAGAACUACAAGGGGUCUUGGACAUCAUGGCAAUCCAGUACUGAAAAGAUCUGUUAUACCUGUACCUCAUACCAUAUCUGUCCCUAUUAAUGAUAAUUGUCAGUUUCUUAUUUUAGCUUCUAAUGGGCUUUGGGAGGUUUUGGAUUACAAUGAAGUACUUGCAUUAACUCUAACAACAUUCACUCAUUAUUUGAGAAUGUAUGAAUGUGUUCAACAAAACGCACCUUCUCCGUAUAAGUGUCAGUAUUUGAUGCCCCUCACUGAAGACAACUUAAAUGACUCAAACGCUGUUAAAGAUCUGCAACAUGGAAUAGAGAUACUGUAUUCCAAUAAAGACAUUCUUCUCACUGACUCAAAAGGUAACCUGCAACAAAAUAAGCCGAAAUGUUCUAGGAGGAACUAUUUGCCAAGUGAAGAUGGUGUUCUUAAGGAAACCGAUGACCACAAAAAUCAAGCUGAUCCAGAACCGUCCCUUUUCAGUAACAAUGAAGUAAAUUCACAGAACAGAGAGAUAAAACAGUUUGAUUCUACCACACAAGGUGGCUCUGAAAAACUGAAACAGUUUGAGGAAAGAAAAGUUUAUGUAUGUAACAUCUUUCAGCCACAGCCACAGACUGCAGAGGAAGAAGAAACAGACACUGACACUUUCUGUGCAACAGGUCCAAGUCGCACCCAUAAACAGCUGCAAGAGAAUGUACUGGCAAUAGGGUUUAAAGACAUGAAACAGCUCCCACAAGAUAUAAAAGCAUGCCUAUCUCCAAAAGAUACAAAAGCAUGCCUAUCUAAUUAUGACUCAGGUCCACAACUGGCACAAAAAAUGGACUCCAAGAUAUUUUGUGACAAACCUGCAAGUUACACUGGUCAAGAACUGCUAAAGACUCUAGAACCAGUGGGUUCUAAACCAGCACCACAGUUCGAAGAGGACACAAAAACAUACCUGUCCAAUUGCAAAUCACAAACUGCGGGAAGAGGCAGAGUCACCCCUGAGACACUCUAUGACAAUGCAGCAAGCUACAUUAGUGAACAACUGGUAAAGACUGCAUUAGCCGCAGGUUCAAGAGAUAAUGUUACUAUUUUGAUUGUACUUCUAAAUGGAUGCGAUGAGAUACCCAAUUACCUCAACAUUUAAAAAUUUAUCAUAGGAUAACUGGAGUGCCACAGUACAUAUAGUACAAGCUUAUGUUUAGCCGUGUCAUGUAUUUACUUGUAAUCAUCUUAAAUGCUGACCCAUACAGUAAAUCAGACAUCUUGUCUGGAACUGUGCAAAUGCAAUAAAA